AUGGAAAUUUCCUCUGAUUCCUUGGAACAACCGACCACAUCCGCAUGUAAAAGCGGGAAACCGAAGCGGGAAAAUUAUCAACGUCGAUCAGUUUGGGUUUUAGCAAAGCGUAUUUUCCGAAAAAGAUUGCUUUUCGCAAGAAGAAGCAGACAACAGGCUGGCGAAAAUCAGGAUUUUGCUGAAGCAACUGGAAAUUUCCAAGAGCGUGCAAAAGAUUCCCGCAAAAGAUCAGAAGAGACAGUGCUGAGAUUGCUGGUACCGGUGAUGCAACAAGUAUUUCCAUAUCUUGAUAUUUAUGAUCGUAUUCGGCUUCGUGAGGUAUGUCGUUUGACGGAAGAAAUAUUUCAAAAAAGUUUGAUAAGCUUGCCACCUAUAAAGCUGCGCGGCGUAUCACUGGAUGAGGUCGAAAUAUGGACGGAUCAUUCCGAUCUGAUAAUUCAGCUCCUCGUACCAGAAUUCGAUUUUACAGCCGCAACUUCCCCAGAUGCCACACGUGUUGACCGAAUCGAGCAUCUCUGGCUGGAAACGGCAAUUAACGGUGAAUUGUGCAACUCACUUUUGACGGGGAUGGCAAGUAGUAACUCAGAGCGACAAUGCAGAUGGCGGCCACUGAAAAUGACAAAACUGACCAUUGUCGGCGGCGAUGAUCACGAUUGUGAAAUGAUUGCAAAAGUGGUUGGCAAAUUUUCCAGCUCACUUGACGAAUUGCGCUUUCGUCACUUGUGCGUGGAUUUUGGCUUAUUUUGUGAGGAAUUCUGGCAAGCGGUGGAACAGUGCAAUCAACUUAAGCAGCUUCAAUAUGAAACUUGCCGUUUGGAUAGUUUCUCGCAUAUGCAUUUGCAGCAAGCACUGGAUCGGAAACACCUC